UCGACGGCUGGCCGCAGAUAGAUAAAAUGGCUACCGGAAAACAAAGCGGCGGUGGUAGACCAACUCCGGCAUCACAAGCUAAUUACCCGAAUCAAACCGAUACGGAAAUGUCCACCUAUGACUGGAUACAAGAAGAAGGAGCUUAUACCCUUCUCUUUUCUCCUCCUCCUGGGUUUAAGAAGGAGCACUUAACGGUCACGCCUGAGUGUGUCCUCAAGAUUAAGGGAUGGCGCCCUACUGGCCCAAACAAAUGGACCUUUUUCAACAAGGAAUUCCCAAUUCCAAAGGACUGCAUCAUAGAAGAAAUUACUGCCAAGUUUGAGAGAGGAAUAGUUUCUGUUUCAAUGCCCAAGACUAUUAUUACAACCACCGUCACCACCACCACUACCACCGCUACUGCAUCUACUAUUAAUACUAUUGCUGAAGCCAUUAGCUCCAAAGUUGUAGCCCAAGCACCCCAGUCAGACACAUCUCCAAGCCCCCAGUCCCCUGGUAAUGCAUCUACUAUUAAUACUACUGCUCAAGCAAUUAGCUCCGAAGCUGCAGCCAAAGCACCCCAGUUAGGAACAUCUCCAAGUCCCCAAUCCCGUGGAGCUGACACAGGCCGUAUUAAUCCAAUGCCACAACGCGACGGUGGUAGAGCAACUCCGGCAUCACGAGCUAAUGACCCGAAUCAAGCCAAUACGGAAAUGUCCACCUCUGAAUGGAUAGAAGAAGAAGGCGCUUAUACUCUUCUUCUUUAUCCUCCUCAUGGGUUUAUGAAGGAGCACUUAACGGUCAGUGCUGAGGGUGUCCUCAAGAUUAAGGGACAGUGCUCUAUUGGCCCAAACCAAGGAAUCUCUUUCAACAGGGACUUUCCAAUUCCAAAGGACUGCAUCAUAAAAGAAAUCACUUCAAAGUUUGAGGGAGGAAAAGUCUAUGUUUCAAUGCCCAUGACUACUACUACUACCACCACCACCACCACCAUCACCGUUACUACGGGUACUACUACUAAUACGAAUACUAAUGCUGAACUCAUUACUGGUGGUGAAGAUAAAACCAAGGAAAUGAAUAAUUUGGGCGCCACAAAGACUACUAAUACUAUUACUCAAUCCAUUACCGGUGGUGAAGAUAAAACCAAGGAGAUGAAUAAUUCGAGCGCCACAAGGACUACUAAUACUAUUGCUCAACCCAUGACCAGUGAUGAAGAUAAAGCCAAGGAGAUGAAUAUUUCGGGCGCCGCAAGGACUACUAAUACUAUUGCUCAACCCAUUAUCGGUGGUGAAGAUAAAACCAAGGAGAUGAAUAAUUCUGAUGCCAUAAGGACUACUAAUACUAUUGCUCAACCCAUUAUCGGUGGUGAAGAUAAUACCAAGGAGAUGAAAAAUUCGGGCGCAACAAAGACUACUAAUACUAUUGCUCAACCCAUUACUGGUGGUGAAGAUAAAACUAAGGAGAUGAAUAAUUCGAGCGCCUCAAAGAUUACUAAUACUAUUGCUCAACCCAUAACUAGCGGUGAAGAUAAAACGAAGGAGAUGAAUAAUUCGAACGCCACCAAGAUUGCUAAUACCAUUGCUCAAUCCAUUACUGUUGGUGAAGAUAAAGUCAGGGAGAUGAAUAAUUCGAACUCCACAAAGAUUACUAAUACUAUUGCUCAACGCAUUGCUGGUGGUGAAGAUAAAACCAAGGAGAUGAAUAAUCUGGACGCCACAAAGAUUACUAAUACUAUUGCUCAACGCAUUGCUGGUGGUGAAGAUAAAACCAAGGAGAUGAAUAAUCUGGACGCCACAAAGGGAAGAGACACAAGAGAUGCAACAACUACUGGCAGAGCUUAUUCCCUCGCUUUGAGCUUGUUUGAUGUCCAUGGAAGAGAUGAUAGGCAGCCGUUGGUGAACAUGGGUGUGGCUAUGCUAGUAGCAGCAGCUGUUGGUGCUUUCCUCACCUAUUGUUCUACGUCCUCUGGAAGAGCCAGAAACUAGUUCUUUCUUCAGGAUAGAAAUGGCACUGAAUAACAUUAUUUGUAUUUGUACAGCAAUUGGUCAUGCACCCUGUGACGGUUGUCAAUUGGGACUUGUGAGGUGCUGAAGUCCAUGGCGUAAAUUAACCAAGGGCAUGUAAUAUUGAGCACUGUAUUCAUGUAUAGAAAAGGAUGGGGUACUGCUUAAAUAUUCAGAUUAGGCUAAAUCCAUGGUGUAAAUGUAUGACAAAUAAUUGCUCAAUUUAGU